AAGCCUUCUUCCCAACUGGUGUAACUGGUCCUGGGUGUCGCAGGUGCCUGUGGGGCUGGCGAGGGUGCGUGCGGGUCCCCGGGAGCGCCUUCAUCUCCCAGCCCAGCUGGGUGAGGUUUUAACACAACCUUGCACCUGCGUCACCUCCUUGCCCAAGCCUCGGGGUUCUCCAGCUGGGUUGUAGGAAACCUUGAAGCUCUUGCUUUGGGGAGGCUGCUAAAAGCAACCCCGGCCCCAUGGGAGGGGACGGUGACCUGGCCCUUGUCCUUCCCUAUUUGGUGGCUCCGGCAAUCUGCGAUCAUGAGUCAAGGCGAAGCUGUUAUCUCGAGGCGUGGGGCUCCGGGGUGGCACCUGGGCCCUGGCGGUGGCUCGAGGAUGGGGAGAUCGGUGCCUGACGCAGGCGGGGAGGGCAGGAGGGUGUCCGGUCAGGGUGUCGAAACAUUCCCUCCCUGCUACCUGCCAGGGCUUGCCUGGGCAUGCUGGGACUUGCCUUGCAAUGAGGUCACCCUGUUUAUCCACUCCGACUGCCAGGAGAUAGGAAGCUGGAUUUCUAUUUUUACCCGGGGAUGGUCAGUCUGGGAGCAGGGUUGGAGUGGCCCCCGGGGAUGGUGUGUGGCCCCACCAGCCCCCAGGCUGGAGGGUCUCCGGCCGCCUGCUGCCACGCUGUGCCGGUGGCAUGCCUGGUUAUGCAGCACAGGAGAUCCGGAGGGGCUGGGGGUGCCGAAUUUGGGCAGAAAUAUUCCCUGUAGGGGGCUGAGCACCCCCUCUCUGGGGACACUUGAGGGUUGGGGGUGCAAGCCAGGGGGCCUGCUGUGGUCCUGGCUUUGGGGGUCCCAGAUUGGGUGAGCAAUGACAAAGCUGUCUUGCACACAGGGAUUUUAUUUCUGUGAAUAUAUAUUUUAUUUUAAAGUAGAUUUAAUAAGCCUGGCUAUCCAACGGGGUCAAGCCUUAGUUCCAAAAGCCAUCAAAUCCCCGAGUGGUAUUUGCUUUGUUCUGAUACCGAGGUUCAUCACAACUGCGGGUGGCACGAGGGAUCCAUUAGCCCCACGCAUUUGUAAAGGGGAGGAUGGCUUGGAAGGAAAGGCUUUGCCACUGACUGUGAAGGUCAAGGCUUUUGGCACUAAUUUGAAAAAAAACAAACAAACAGGGUCUUGUCUCUGGUUACCCAACAGCUUCUUGCAGAUAAGGAGUGGUUAGCAAAGUGGUCAAGCUGGUGGCGUGUUCUUGCAGUUGCUUAAAAGGCUUCCUUGCCUCUGGGCCUGGGUUCUUGAGAUGAAGAAACUGGCCAGAAAAACAUCCUGUUGCUUCACUUGCCCAUGCGCCGACUUGCCUUGUGCCUGCGUGGAAGUGGGAACGCAGCGGGGUUGUGGACGCAGACAGCGGCAGCAUCGAGGUGCUGGAUGCUCUGCCCUGGCAGGGCUUUACCUGCUGGAGGAGGAAUGGGGAACGUCAACAUUUGCACCUUCCCCAUCCUUCUGCAUCGCGCCAGGCUGUGUUUGACCUCAGUCAUGCUCGAGCCUCUGCCCAAGACACCACUAAAAUCCCAAACAUCUGAGUCCAAGAUGAGUGCUGGUGGAUGGAGGUCCCUCUGGGCUGCCUCAUUGCAGAGCCUGACCCAGUCUGUCCCACCUUGUCUACUGCCUGCUUUGCCCUGGUAGCUACUCUGCCAGCCCUUGGGCUUGCUUGUGGCUUGCCCGCCAGCCCAGUAACUCACUCUGCUUUCCUCCCAGCCGCCACGAUGCCCCUGUCUCAGAGCAGGACUGGGCAGAUACCAUGCAGCACCAAAGUGUGCAGGAACCUCUUUGGCCCCGUGGACCACCAGGAGCUCCAGAAUGACUUUGGGAACCUGUUGAGGCAACACCUGGAAGAAGCUCAACAGCGCUGGAACUUCAACUUUGAGACAGAUACUCCCUUGGAAGGACAAUUCAAGUGGGAGAGGGUCUUCCUGGCUGAGCAGCUGCCCCAGGAGGUCACUGGCAGUAAGAGCAGGAGCUCCUUGGUUCACAAGAUCGUCCCCAAGGACCAUCUUGAUACGAUUUGCCCUGAGGUGUCUCAGCAGAGCUCGGAGGUUUACAGGGCUGGUUCCCCUCAGAGCUUGAAACGUGGACAGACCACCAUGAAAGACUUCUACAGCUCCAAGCGGAGGAUUGUCCCCAACAAGCCCAAGCCGUGACCUGGUGGCGCUCGGCUCCUCUGCCACUGGGGACAGCUGCUGAUGCUGACGUGCCCUGGGGGUGUCCAUGGCUCUUUCCCCCACCCUGUACUGUGUAAGCUGUCUGUAUGAAGCAAUGUAGAGUUUGUAGUUCCCUAUUUAUGAGUAGCUCUGGGGUCCUGAGGGACCUUCAUUGUGUGCAAUGUAUGGGAGUAGCCCAUGUUGAGGCUUGUAGCCCCACAAAGAGGAUGGAGGAGGACUGAAAUGGGCCUGGUGGGACUAAGGCAUUGCAGUGCCUGCAGAGGAGAAAGUGUCUUCUGCCCCUUGUUGGUGGGGCCAGGCAUCGUCCUUGCGCCAUCCUGCUGUCGUCCUUCCCCUGCCUGAUGGCUGGCCAUGGAGGUCACUCGUGUCCCAGCCACCUGGUGGCACCAGAUAACCUUAAGAAAGGGUCACCCAUAUGGACUGUAGAGCCCUGGGACAGCCUGGCCCUGAGGACACCCUGAUUGCUGGCACAUGGUGGUGGCCCUCUUCCCAGCAGGACAGACCCAGCAGCGCAAGCCCUCAUCCAUGCAUGAAAGUGGGGUGUGAUGUGGGGGCUGCUCCUUCCCACUGCUGCUUGGGAGAGGAAACGCUGUUCCCUGGACAGCCCUUCCUUGGGGUGAGUCGCUGGUGCCAUCACCUGCUGAGCUCAUUGUGGGACCAGUGCUGCCUGGGAGGCUUUGGGGUCCCCUGGACUCUGCAGACCCAAACCCCCACUUUCUUACCUUAUUGUGGGCUUGUUGAGUGAUGCUGUUUGCCCUCCUGUUCCUGCCUCCUUCAACACUGACGCCAGGCGGGGGAGCUGCCUGCUCUGGCCAUGCCGGACUCCUCUAGGAAGGAAGGAGUCCUGCCUACCAGCAAGGA